AUGCUAGGUUCUUCCAGUGUUAAUGGCAUUAUUUGUCUCUACCAAGAUUAUGGCCAUGAAUCACCAAUUGUAUUAUGGAACCCUGCUACCACGGAAUUCAAGGUCCUUCCUCCUAGCUUUCAAGUAUAUAAUGAGAACAUUGAGUUUAACCCUCCUCCUAGUGCAUUUGGUUAUGAUUGUGUUACAGAUGACUACAAAGUGCUUCGGAAUGUUUUUUUACCUGAAGACUCUCCCUAUGAAUUUUCUAAAGGUCCGUGGUUGUUUUUGCCUGAGAAGGAUAGUCCUUUUUGGGAGCUUUUAAUGAAUGACGAUGACAUGUUUUGGUUGGAGGUAGAGUCCAAAUAUAUUUACGCCGACCCUUUUUGGGAGAUAUAUAGCCUAAAAAAUAACAAUUGGAGGAAACUCAAUGACAUUGAUAUGCCAUUGGUAUCGGGUUCUCGAGUAAACUCAAAUGAAUUGUGUCAUUUUUUGGGGUUUGAAGAUAAAAUGUUUUCAUUUGACUUUAGCAAUGAGAAGUUCAUUCAAACAGUUUUACCCUCAGAUUCAAAUUUCAAGUUUCAUGAUGGUUACAAACACCUCCUGAUAUUAAAUGAGUCAGUUGUUUUCGCUUAUGAUGAUUGCAAAAAUAAUUAUCAUAUAUGGAUUUUGGGUAAACUUGGUGUAAAGGAAUCAUGGACUAAACUCUUAAAUAUAGGACCUGUGAAUGACCUUGGAUAUCCUAUUGGGGCAUGGAAUAACCACAUAUUCUUCUCCCAUGGUCAUAAGAUAGUUCGGUAUAAUUUAAGUACCCAAAAAUUUGAGAAAUUUGAAAUUUACGUAUGGAAAGUUAUAAGUUUUAAGGAAGUUCUUCGUUCUAUAGAAGGAAUGAAAAAUUAA